AUGAGACCUUCUCCAUUUUUAUUGAACGCAGCAAAAAAAGCAGCAAAAUCUAGCGGUCCUCCAGUUGAAUUGACACCUCUUUUCGUUGCCAUUGGUGUAGCUCUAUGUUCAGGUACUUUCUUCACUUAUAAAAAGUUUGCCUAUGAUACAUCGCUAAGAUUAAAAGAAAAUCCAAACCAAUCAGGUUUAGAAGCAGUCUUAGCUAAGGCUGAAAAUAAGUCGGAUUAA